GUAUUUCACUCUUGAAGGGCAAUUCUGAUCUUGGUAUUGAUCGUGUUAUUUUGACAGUUUUUUGGAAAAUUGUUAUUAUUGUUUAAAUAUGUGAUUCGAGUGUGAUUCCGAUAAGAAAUAUUUAGAACAAAUUUCUGUUUCUGUGAGUACAAAGAAAAAGUUUCAAAUAUUAGAAAGAUAUACAUGUUGUUCCAAAUUGUUUGUUGACGAGGAUUUUCUCGUAGUUUGAAUUGUUGACUGUGUUUUUGUAACGUUACGUGAAUUGAUAUUAUAAAUAUUGAUUGUGUUUUUAUAACGUUACAUGAAAUGAUAUUUUUGUAACGUUAUGUGAAGUGAUAUUAUAAAUACUAAGAGACUGCAUUUUUGAAGUGAUAUUAAAGAGAAGAAGAAUGGGUUUAAUGAAUAUAAUACACGUGUUAUUAUUGGCUAUAAUAACUGUACACGCUUUCGAGAUCAGCGUCGUACCCACAUCGUUUUUUAUCGUCGAAACUCAGAGUACGGAUACGAUUGUAGCAACAAUAGGACAAUCGACAACAUCUACCACAAAUUCAUUGAAUUGUAGAAUUGGUAGAACGACCAUUACGACUUCCGGUGGGCAGACAAGUACCAGUACAUUCGGUGGUUCUCCGUUUCUUGUUGGUACCACGGAUAGUUCGAGUAAUUUUGGUUUUGUGGAUAAUACCAUAGUAUUUAAUGUUGAUUCACCAUUUAAAUUAGACGCAACUCGUGUGUCGAGAUAUGAACUCUUCCCUACUUGUACCGAUCCAGCUAAUACUGCGAACACACAGACCAACAGCGCUUCUGUUAUUGUUCACGUUUUCUCCAACGCUAAACCCUCUUUUAGACGACCGUUUGAUACAGCGACAGUGAAUGUGGCCUUAAACUCGUCAGCAGUGGUUGGUGCACGUGUUUAUAACGCUACAGCUAAUGUUAUAAAUGACCAGCCAACAGACGUCCUAGCGUUCAGUGUUAGAAAUAUCGAUCCCAAUGUGGAUUAUUUUACUCUAAAUACGGCAAGUGGUAUUUUGACCAAUAAAGUUGAUUUGAGAACAGCGACACAGAGCCCAAUAGAAUUAACUAUUGACGUCACAGAUGGUUUUAAUGCUGCAGACAGAUCAUUGACCCUUACAGUCACAUUGAUAAAUAUGAAUCAACGACCAGAUAUACUCGGUUUACCAGUUACGAUAAAUAGAGAUGAGAAUACCCAGACGUUAAGUAUUGUUGAUCUCAGUGUAAACGACGAGGGGGUCCCUACCAACCUAAUACCUGUCUGUACCGUCCAGCCCACAGGUGGAAAUGAGGUGUUUGAUUUAGUAACUCGGCCAAUAUCUUUAAAAUCUAGAGGCAAUCAGUUUGGAAGUACGUUUUUAGAUUUUGAGACGACCCCACGUUAUACCGUAUCUUGUUCUGUAUCAGACGGCUUCCUGCAAUCCCAGAACGAGGUUCUUAUAUUUAAUGUAAAUAACGUGAACGAGGCCCCGGUGUUCAGCGAGAAUUUGGUGAACUGCAUCAUGGACGAAUCACAGGCAGGAGUGUCGGCGUGUAACCUUGGUUUUAGUAUUAGAGAUCCAGAAGGCAACAGAUUUAUAACUCGACUAUUUCAAGAUGAAAACAGCAACCGCUUCGCUCUGACGGCAAACUCUAAUAAUAAUAAUCAAAACAAUAAUUUCUUCACAGAGGAUGACCGCUUGACGUUUAACGUAGAUUAUGACGUAGAUCAAGGUCGUAUGCCAGAACGUGUAACGUUAUUUGUAAAUGUAGAUGAAUUUGGCGCUAUAUCUACAGCCACUGUAUCUGUUGAUAUAUAUUGUAGGUAA